AUGUGUGUGUGUGUGUGUGUGUGUGUGCAGAUAGGGUCCUAUUUUGGCAGUGAGGUGUGUGGGGUGGACGUGGACCAGGAUGGCAUCACAGAUGUGCUGCUGGUGGCAGCACCCAUGUUCCUGGGAGUGAGGAGCCGAGAGGCCGGAAGAGUCUACAUGUACACCCUGAACACAGGGGAGGAGUUUGUUCCUAACGGCACCCUCCAGGCAGAGGGCAGGGUUCAGGACGCCAGGUUUGGCUACGCUCUGGCCGCUGCCCACGACCUCAACCAGGACGGCUUCACCGACCUGCUGGUGGGCGCGCCGCUGGAGGACGACCACACGGGGGCGAUAUACGUGUACCACGGGCAGGGCAUCUACAUCACCCCCACCUACACACAGCGUAUUGCUGGCUUGUCCCUGUCUCCCUCUCUGCGUUAUUUCGGCCUCAGCCUGAGUGCCUGCCUGGACCUGGAUGGUGAUGAGCUGCUGGACCUGUCUGUGGGGGCACAGGGCAGCGCUGUGCUGCUCAGCUCUCGCAGCAUCGUGCAGGUGAACGUGAGCCUGUCCUUCCAGCCACACUCCAUCAACGUGAUCCAGAAGACCUGCCAGCGCGGCGGCCGGGACUCUGCCUGCCUCAACGCCACCGCCUGCUUCCUGGCACUCUCACGCUCCCCUGGAACACACAGCAACAGCUUCGAGCUGUGGGUGUCGGCCAUGCUGGAUGACAGGAAGUUGUCAGCGCGAGCCUUGUUUGACGACAGCUCCCAGAGACAAACCCAGCUGGGGGUCAUAGUUUACACGGGGAGAAGUGUCUGCUACACCCUGCCCUUCCAUGUCUAUGACACGGCAGACUACAUCCGUCCAAUCAGCUUCUCCCUGCGGUUCAAGAUCAACAACACAGAAAGCGGCCCUGUGUUGGAUGAGGGUUGGCCAACCACUGUCAAGAAAUCUAUCCCGUUCUUUAAAGACUGUGGUGAAGAUGACGUGUGUGUGACUGACCUGGUGCUGCAAGCGCAUAUGGACAUCUCUGGAACACGACAAAUGCCGUACGUGAUCCGUAGCCCCCGGCGACGCCUGUCAGUGGAGGUCCAGCUGCAGAACCGUCUGGAGAACGCCUACAACACCAGCCUCACGCUGCAGUACUCACGCAACCUGCACUUCUCCAGCCUCAGCAUCCGGGAGGACAGCCAGUUUAAGAUCGAGUGUACAGCUCUCAGCUCCAACAGUCACUCCUGCAACGUCAGCUACCCCGUGUUCCGCUCCCAGUCCAAGGUGAACUUCAUGUUGGAGUUUGAGUUCAGCUGCACGGCCCUGCUGAGUAAAGUACAGAUGAAGCUGCUUGUUGCCAGUGACAGCGUAGAGGGAGAGGCUACUCUAGGAGACAACAAUGUUCAGCUCCAGACCAUCGUUCAGUAUGAACCAGACCUCUUUAUCAGCAGUGACUCUAAUCUAAACCGCUACGAGGUGCACCCCACCAGGACCAUGUCAGAAGCUAUCGGGCCUGAGUUCCAAACACACUUCCGGCUGCAGAACCUGGGCUGCUACUCAGUGAGGGACCUGGAGCUGAGGUUACGCCUGCCGUCUGUGGCAGCAGGAGACAGAGUCUUCAUGACCGUCACAGACGUCUUCUCCUACAACUCCUCAGGGGUGAACUGCAGUGUGGAGGGAGAUGUGGCUCGGCUGAAGGCCAGACAGAAAGACGUGAGACUGCUCCACCCUGAAGACAUGCAGCACAACGACAUGCUGAACUGCAGCAGGUCCAGGUGUGUCGAGGUGGUGUGUCAGGUUCAGCAGCUCCUCCGGGGUCAGACAGCCCUGAUCCGCAUCAGCAGGAGAGUGCAUGACCACUUCUUCAGACAGGCUAAGUUUAAGGCGGUGAAGAUAGUGAGCACAUAUCGCCUGGCUGCUAAGGAGUCUAACCUGGUGACUCUGGGCAGCAGCGCCCUCUGGAGGGAGACUGUUUUGGAGGUGCUGAAGGGGCGGGCCAUCCCCAUCUCUCUCUGGAUCCUGAUUGGUAGCAUCAUCGGAGGCCUGCUUUUAUUGGCCCUCAUCAUUUUCAUCCUAUGGAAGCUUGGGUUCUUCACCCGAAAACAGAGGGGGGAUGAGGAUGAGAAGCACGAGGACUAAACCGGGGCUGCGGCUGAUGCACAUACUCACCGUGACAACCAGGGAAGCUGGAGCCCAAGGCACAGAGACACAGGACCUCAGCCAUGGGGCUGGGCUGGGACUAAAGCCUGCACACUGCACCCCCCUCCUGGACACAGGGAACACUGCCCUCACAGGUCCAGUCCAAUGGAAAUGCACUAUGCACCUGCUCCUUCAGGGCUGGGGGCACUAAUGGUCAUGUAAAUAGGAUUUUCUUUUUGUGUAUUUCAAAGAAAUGCAAAGUGUAUCAAACCACAUUACGUCUAUUUAAUAUCCAGAAAAGAUCAUGGUUUUACAUUUCAACCCAUUGAUUUCUCACUUGUCUUACCGUUUUGAAUUUGUCAAAAUAAAAUAAAUAUAUUUUGGGCCAGAU